UAGACACACAUUGACAUUUGAUUAGGAAGUUUGCAGAUGACCCAGAAAUUGGUCACGUGGUUAAAAAUGAACUGGGGUUGGGAACAGUAGAAGCUAUCAAUAGACUGGUUUGGUUGGCAGAAAAAUGGCAAUUUUAAUUCAACCUGAAGUAAUGUACUUGGAGAGAUGUACAAGGAUACAGAGCUGAAGAAAUUUGCUGUAAGAAAUUUGCCACCUCCCAGGUGUGCAUAAUGGGAAAGCUCUUUGUGAAAUACUCCCAGGAUUUAUCAUCCCUGUCAUCCCUGGAUCAGUCUGUUGAAUACUUUUUCACAGGUUAUGGAUCCAAGUUCUACUGCAGAGAGUUAAUAGCAAAACUCUAUGUUAACACUCUAGUGCUAUAUUAUGGGAGUGCUGCUAUAUUGUAGGAGGCAUUGACUUUGGAUAAAAUGGCAAAAUGAGGUCUCAUUUUAUCUUGAUAGAAUGUAAAAGAUCUAUGUAAAUAUUGUGUUGAUAAAAUAGAGCAGGCAAGUGAUCCUUGGAAUUCUGCUCAACUUUAAUCCUCAAUGACUGAAAAUCGAUCAAUAUCACAUUGCUAUUUGUGGGAGCUUGCUGUGUGCAAAUUGGCUGAUACAUUACAACAGUAAUUACAUAUUGAAACAAAAAGUACUUGGCUGCAAAGUGCAUGGAAACAAACUGAGAUUUCAGCUGUAUUUACCGCUGUGGCAUAGGGGAGAUUGUUCCUGUUCUGUCCAGAAUCACUCAGAAUUUGAUCUGUGUAGGAUAUCUUCUCCGUGUUGCUUCCCAUGGGAGCCCAGAAGCCUUUCACAGAAAUAAUCAAAGCUAAUAUAGGUGAUGCUCAUGCUAUGGGACAGCAACCAAUCACAUUUCUGAGACAGGUUGUUGCUCUUUGUACUUGUCCUGAACUGAUUGACAGUCCUGACUUUCCUGCUGAUGCAAAAGAGAGAGCCCAACGUAUCCUACAGGAUUGUGGAGGACAUAGUCUAGGUUCCUACAGUGCAAGCCAGGGUCUGUAUUGUAUACGACAGGAUGUUGCUAAAUAUGUGGAGUCAAGAGAUGGAGGAGUUCCUGUAGAUCCUGGUAAUAUUUACAUUACCACUGGAGCAAGUGAUGGAAUAAUGUCUGUUUUGAAACUUCUUUUGUCUGGAGAAGGCAGGAUGCGAACUGGAGUAAUGAUUCCAAUCCCACAAUAUCCCCUGUAUUCUGCAGCCAUCUCAGAGCUAGGUGCUGUCCAAGUCAACUAUUACCUGGAUGAAGAAAAUAACUGGGCUCUGGAUAAAAGUGAACUGAGGCGAAGCUUGAACGAGGCCAGGGAAUAUUGCUACCCAAAAGUUCUUUGCAUUAUUAACCCAGGAAACCCUACUGGCCAAGUGCAAAGCAGAAAAUGUAUUGAGGAUGUAAUUCGUUUCGCUUACGAGGAAAAACUCUUCCUUCUGGCUGAUGAGGUUUAUCAGGAAAACGUAUAUUCAGAAGGAUGUAAAUUCCACUCCUUUAAGAAAGUAUUGUAUGAGAUGGGUCCUGAGUACUUCAAUACAGUGGAAUUGGUCUCUUUUCAUUCCACAUCAAAAGGGUACACAGGAGAGUGUGGAUUUAGGGGUGGCUAUAUGGAAGUUAUCAACAUGGACCCUGAGGUUAAGGCUCAUUUUGAGAAACUGCUCUCAGUUCGUCUGUGUCCCCCUGUACCAGGGCAAGUGGCCAUGGAUGUUGUGGUAAACCCUCCAAAGCCUGGAGAGGAAUCCUAUAAGACGUUCAAAAUGGAAAAGAUGAUGGUAUUGCAAAAUCUUGCUGAGAAAGCCAAGUUAUCAGAAGAAGUCUUGAAUACCAUUCCUGGAAUGCAGUGCAACCCUUUGCAAGGGGCAAUGUAUGCAUUUCCAAGAAUUUUUAUUCCUGCCAAAGCAAUCAAAGAAGCCCAGGCCAGUGGUAUGGCACCAGAUAUGUUCUAUUGCAUGAAGCUCUUGGAGGAGACUGGAAUCUGUGUGGUGCCUGGCAGUGGAUUUGGGCAAAAGGAAGGAACUUAUCAUUUCAGAAUGACUAUUCUUCUUCCAAUUGAGAAGCUGAAAGUGCUAUUGCAGAAUGUAAAGGACUUUCAUGGUAAAUUUGUUCAGAAAUAUGCAUGAACACUUGGUUAAUUUUGUUUACUGGAGAAAUCCACAUUGUUAAUAUUAACCCAUCCUUCAGUCCUACCAAAAUGUCAAAUUAACAUUUACUAAAAUGAAAUGGAGAAACAAUUGCUGCAACUAUUUGUCAGUUUGGUAUUGUGAAUACCAUUAUUUUGUACAAAUUUGCUGCAUCUUUUGAGAAUACUUCUGUUUACAGUGAAAUAGUACCGCUAGAAUUUUUUGGUACUUUUUGGUAAGGUUUUUUUAUUGAACAAAUUAAUGUCCUCAUAUCUGGUACUAGAAGUGUUACAGAUAUUCAAGCCUCUAAUCUCAAAUUGCCAGAAAUAUUUACUGGUUUCAGGUAGUUAUGCCUGAAGUUGUGCCUUAUUUUGUCAAUGUCAUAUUCCAUACUUUGUUGGCAAUACAGUGCAUUAAGUUGACUCAUAAGCAGAUUUGCAUUUGUAUAGCACAACUAUAUCUUCACCAUUUGUGGACUUUUUUUUUGCUGUGUAUGCAGUUGGAAUUUCAGCAGACAAUUAGCUAAUAAAGCCUCUAUCUGGAUUGACUAACAAAAUGUUAAUUUGUAACACUGCCAAGCAAAUGGGUUUUACAAUAAUUGAAAACAUAUGGAGGGCGAUUCUGCUGCCCACCCUUUGAAUAAUAAAGAUGUAAUGUUUACAGGGAUGAGUGGUUACAACUGGCCAGCCUUUGUAAAUGUUUUAACUUUGAAUUUAUUUCUUUUCUAUUUAUGGCCUUUCAUGUAGGUACUUACAGAAGUACAAAAUAAAGAUUGGUUUUGCCAGA